UUUUCUUCGAUCGGUAACGAAUUGGGUUUGCAAAUAUACCACUCUGUACAGAUUCCGCCAGUUUCUGAUUAGGGUUCCGGUUAACUUUCCACUCUCGAUCGACCGCACUCCGGUUACUCAUUCUCUUCAUUGUUUAUUAGGCAAUGGAUAAAGCAGCCAAUCCUAGCUUAUUUGUUAAUGAUGGAUCUUUCAUGGAGCGGUUCAGACAGCUUCAACAGGAGAAGGAGAAGAAGUCUGAAAUAGUGGAGAAAUCUCGAUCAGGCUCUAGUACUCUUGUGACAUCAAGUCCAAAGACUGUUAUUAGUAAGACAGCCGUAGAGUUUAAGGCUAAUGGCUCUCGGAAGCCAAACCAACCUCCUUCAAGUGGAAAACUUGCCUUCAGCUUGAAGCAAAAAUCAAAACUCGUCACACCCCCUGUUAGGUUUGAGGAAGAUGGAGAUGAGGAUGAUAAGGAUGCUGGAAAUUCCUCAGAUGAUGGGCCAAUGAAGCGGCAGAAGUUGAGCCAGCAUGAUACUUCUGAACUGUCAUCUAGACAAAUUGAUGUUGCACCACCUCCCCCAAGUGAUCCUACAGUAAGGAAAGUUGCAGACAAGCUUGCAAGUUUUGUGGCCAAGAAUGGAAGGCAGUUUGAGCAUGUAACUAGGCAGAAAAAUCCUGGAGAUACUCCCUUCAAGUUUUUGUUCGAUGAAAGUUGUUCGGAUUACAAGUACUAUGAAUAUAGACUCAGUGAAGAGGAAAAGGCAUUGUCCCAAACCAGAGAUUCCCAGACAUUAGAAAGUGGUAGUGCACCUCCCAAUCAAGUGACCAGUUCCCAGAGAUCACAACAUCAACAUUCUAAGUAUCAAAUUCCAGCUUCAGCAUUAUAUGAAACCACAGAGCACAGAGGAGCAUCCCAUUCAUCACCACAAACAAUCGGAAGAUAUGGUGAAUCAAGUGCCCCAUCUGGCUCAGAUCCUAUAGCAAUGAUGGAGUACUACAUGAAGAAGGCUGCACAAGAAGAGAAGCUGAGGCCUCCUAAACACUCAAAGGAUGAGAUGCCCCCACCCGCAGCCUUGCAAGCUUCAAAGAAAGGUCAUCACAUGGGUGACUAUAUUCCUCCAGAAGAGCUUGACAAGUUUCUGGCAGCAUGUAAUGAUGCAGCUACCCAGAAAGUUGCCAAAGAGUAUGCAGAUAGGACAAAAAUUCAGGCUGAUAAUGUAGGUCAUCGGCUCUUAUCCAAAAUGGGUUGGAAGGAAGGUGAGGGCCUGGGUAGCUCAAGAAGUGGGAUUGCAACUCCCGUUGUGGCAGGAGAUGUGAAAAAGGAUAACUUGGGUGUUGGUGCACAUGCUCCUGGGGAAGUUUGCCCUGAUGAUGAUAUUUACGAGCAAUAUAAGAAGCGCAUGAUGCUUGGCUAUCGUCACAGACCGAAUCCUCUGAACAAUCCUCGAAAGGCAUAUUACUGACGACGCGUUCAAAAGUUUAUGCUGCUUGCUCUCGUGUGCUCCUUUCUAUGAUGUUUAUCAAUGCCAAAUACAACUCGGUACCCAAAUGCUUGCAUAUAUUUGGAGUUCGCUCCUCACUAGUUUCAGAGAACAAUUUCCAUUGUCACCCAAUUAAUUCUGUUAAAUUAUAGUUUUGCUUUUGAUACUAUUACUCUAUUGUACUUCUCCAUUUAUUGUUAUGCAAAUAUGAGAUUUUUACAAUAAA